GUCGGCUACUCGGCUCGUUUACUUUUAUAGUUUUCUGUCAUCGUCAUGGGUGUCAUGGCGUCAUAGAACAUUUUGUUGUUAAACCUUAACGGCUUAUUGCUCAACGUGUUUUCUUAACCUGCUUCGAUAAUCGACGCCAGUGAAUCACGGUUCAAUAUUAUCACGUACCUGCUCUAUAAAUUGUUAUUCGUGUACUCACAUUGUUAAUUGUUAUAAUAGUACGUACUGAUGUCGGUAAUUUGGAAUUCAAUGCAAUUUAUUUUAAUAUAAUCGUUUGAUUGACAUUUACUUUUGUUUACAAUAUUCAAUAUGACGUGGUCGGUUAUUCACUUCUUUAAAGAUAAUGGAGUAGAUGUUGUACCUAGCACAUGGUUUAAAGAUGAUACAUGUGCUUGGCCUAAGACCCAUGUGAAACGUUUUAUUAAAAACCAAUGUAUACCAAAUACUACAAUAUUAUAUGUCUACAAAUAUUUAAUCGUUUCUUGUUGCUCGAACGAAAUGCAAAAAAUAAUUGAUCACUUCGGAUUUAUCAUCUUCUGAAGAUGAUAAUUAUUCUAAAAUAAAAAAUACAAAUAAUGGAAAAAAAUCAAAAUCUGGUAAUAAUUGCAGUAAUAACAAAAAAACGGUAUAUGGCGCCGACAAAUCAGACAUUGAAACUGAUGCGAUGACAAUAAUUAUGAAUUACCAGCUUAUGAUUCUGGUGAUAAUAAUUCCAGUACCUACAAAUAACAUUAAUUCUCUGUCUAAGAAAUCUUGUGUUGAUGAUAUGCUCAUUAGUCCAUCAAAAAAUAUACGAACAUUCGUCAAAUCACCAUCAAAAACUCCAGUUUUUGAAUCUAUUGAUGAUAAUUUCUGCAUGGUGAAAAAUGUGUCACCUUAUAGAAGAAAUAAACAUUUUGUACUUUCUCCUAAUAAUUUGGCAAGAGCAGACAAAAACAAAAAGAGAAAUUUAUCUGAAUCUCCUAGAAAAGUAUAUCCAUCUCCUGAAAUUUUUCAAUCACAUCUUUCACAAGAAAUUUCUCCUUCUACUGUUCAGAAGUAUUCACCAUUAAAAACAUAUGCACAAGCAUCUGCGGCGAGAUCUGCGGUAUCCAAGCAAUUAUUUAGACCAGAUAACUUAAGCCAACCGUUGACUACUUUAUUAGAAAAUAAACAAAAAACGCCUCCAAAACCAAAUAAAUAAAAAAAUUCUUCAGAUCAAUUUAAGGAACUCAUUUUAUACAAUCUUUUAGUAUUGAAACACAGCAUUAGAAACAUCAAUGAAAAAUUGACAUUGGUUGUCGAAGGGCAGAUUUCACACAAUUAUAAUGUUGAAUCUAAUGAUCUUACAUUAGAAUAUUCUAAUUUGGACUGCUUAUUACCAAUUGAUGAAGAAGAUACAUUAGACAAUAUAAAAGAACAGAUAAGAAAUACCAUGCAUCAUUGACUAAACAGUUAGCUGGACUUGGCGGAAAAAGUAUCAAAGUCAUGGUCAAAAGAAUCAUGGGAUAUUUGUUCACUGACAACAUCUUAGCCUUCUAUUAUUUUAAUGGCAGAGCAAAUAAAAAAAAAUGUUUUGCAAAUCUAUCAAUUUCAAAAGUUAUAGGUAUUUAAUGCUGUUAAAUCAAUUAAACGAUUGAAUAAUGAAUCAUCGACCGAUGAAAUUGAAAAAUAAAUUAAGUAUUAUCUCAUUCAAGCACCAUUCAACAUAAAAAAGAAAAAAGAAAUGUUUCAUUGAAUAUGAAUAUCAUUUAAUUUUGUAAUUAUUAUGUACAAUAUAGUAUAGCUAGGCUAGGUUUGCCUUUUAGUUAUAUCAUAUUUCAACUAUAUAUACUAUUAUAUUAUAUUCUAAAUAAAUGUAUAGGUACAUUAUGUUUUACUAUUAUUAUAUUGUUAUAGGGCUUAACAAUAUAUGUUGAAUAUGUAAUACAUUAAAUAUUUUGAAUAUUUUUGAA